AUCUAACAAGUUGACCAAUUUUUAUUUUUAGUCUUCAAACCAUUCACGAAUUCUUAUAGCGCACGUUAGCAAAAUUUCCUAAUUAUACGCCGCAGAUCCCUUUUGCAGAAUUAAAGGUACACAGCAACAACCAUGUUGAUUUGAUUGGGACUCGUGAUUUCACAAUCUUUUUUUCGGAAUUCGACCCGACCCGACUGCAAUUUCUGAAUUCCGCAGCUGAAAGGAUGCUUGAUCUUAGAUAUACUGAUUUGACUUCAAAGGUCAAAGUGUAGUUUAUAUUGCUCUAACUUCAUUCAUAAUCGAUAAAUGGGUUACUAGUGAAAACUAUAUACAAAAUGGAGUCUGUUUCAACAUGUAACAAUAAUGUGAUAAAUCCGGAGCUAGUACGGUUUCACGAGGGUAUAACUUCUGAUUCCAAGGACAUAGGAGAAAUAGGAGUCUCCAUGGAGAUAUUGACCAAAGUUGACCUCGAGUUAGCAUACGCAUCAGAGAAGUUACUAAAUUUAGAAAAUCUGUUAUUGUAUGUUUUGUCAUGGGAAAAUGACUUUGAAGCAAUGUCUGCUGAUGACGUGUCAGAAGAGUUCGUUGCAAAGUCGUUGCAAAUCGAUCUCUUAUUUAGUUUCUUGGACUCUGAGGUCAAAGAACUCGACGGGUCAAUGGAUUCCAUUCGGGUUGACCUCGUUGAUGCCCAUCAAAGAUUGUCUUCAUGUAGACAUCUCGGAGAAUUGUGUUCGGUUGUUGAAGGGAAGUUGCAUGACUCUGAAGAUUCGUUGAAGAAAUCGCAAGAACAUGUUCUCGAGAUGAAAAUAAAGUUGGCUAAACUUCGAAUGACAUCAUUAGCUUUUAACCACAAUGAAUUUUUAACAGAAGAUUUUCAAGUUUCAAACAUGGAAGUAAAGCCGAGGCUACAAACGGUCAAUAAAGUACACGUUCUUAGAAUGCUGGAGAAAUCUUUAUCGAGAGAGCUUGAUCUCGAGAAGAAACUGACAGAAUCGAAACAAGAUGAAGAAGAUUUACGACUAAAAUUAAGGUUAACCGAACAAGUAGCAUUCAUCAUGGAAGAAGCAGCAGAGGUUGUUUGGGGUCGGUUUUUAGAAGCGGAAAACACUUCCGUUGUUCUAAUGGGUGUUUCAAGAGACCUCAUAGCUCAACAUAAACUCGUUCAGUUCAAUCUCAACGGUUUUAACCAAAGAGAAAACGAGUUUAGAUCAAAACUCGAAAACUGCAUCAAGUUGUUGAAUUCGAAAGACGCUUCUAUCGAAAAACUCAAUAGCCGAAUCACACAGCUUGUUGCAGAUAAUCUCGAAGUGUCGGUUUUGCGGGAAAAGGUCAAAUCACUGGAAGAAAAAGUCAACGAAUCGGAAUCUAACUUAAAGAAGGCUAACGAAUCAAACGAAUUGUUUCAAGAUCGCCUUAGAGAAAUGGAAAACGUAAUCGAAUCGUUAAAAGACGAUGUUUACACAGCGGAAGACAGAGCGGAAACAGCCGAGUUGAAGGUAGCGGAAUUAACGGACUCGAACAACGAGUUAAGCGAAGAAUUAAUGUUUCUUAAAAGUAGCCAUGAAAGCAGUUCGAAGAAGAUGACAUUACUUGAGAAACAAUCAAGAGAAUUAGAGAUUCAAGCUCGGAAUGCAAAGGCAUCGUCGGAAGCGGGUCAAGAACAACAGAACAUGUUGUACACUGCGAUAUGGGAUAUGGAGACGUUAAUAGAUGAAUUGAAGCAAAAGGUUUCGACAGCGGAAAUGAAGGCUAAAAACGCUGAAGAACAGUGUUUGUCGUUGACUGAUAAUAACUCGGAGUUGACCAAAGAGGUUGAGUUUCUGAGAGCUGAAGUUGAAUCCCUUGAAACCUCUUUGAGUAAUGCUAACCGUGAAAAAAUGGCUAGUACGAAAGAUAUUAGUGCUAAGACUAAGCUUAUUAUGGAUACCGUCUUGCAACUUGCCAAAGAACGCGAACGCAUAACAAAACAGUUGCAUACUCAAAGUGAGGAGAAACGGAUAUUGAUGGAAACACUAAAAAAGUUCAACAUGGACGUAUACACAAAUACGCAUCCGAAAGGCGGUAUUCAAGAGAAAAACACCACAUUUUCCGGUCAAGACGCAACAUUAAACGAGAAGUCAGCAGCAGAAUUCUCAAAGCAGGAUGAAGAAAUACAAGCUUUGAAUGAUGCUUCUAUACACGACCCUGAACCAGAGUCAUCCAUAACUGAUUCGGACCCGAAUAUGGAUGAUGCAGAACUGGAAGAACCGCAAUCUAGAAGUAAAAGAAUGCUUGUGUUUAGAGCUAUCUUCGUGUUAACGAUCUCGGUGUUGGCAGCAUUCUUUAUCAACUGCAAACCAGACAGUUUUGAUGCUAAUGUAGGUUGAGAUUGAGGUUCUUUUACCACAAGAAACAUUUGAUUUUGCAUGUUUUUUAUUUGUGUAUAAGUUGAUCAUUGGUUUUUUGACUGUGUAGUUGACUGAACAUUUUGUACAUGAGGUUUGCUUUGUUAGAUGAUGUAACCAGUUUAUUUAUAAUGAUGUAAAAGGUUUUUGUGAAAUGA